UGUGACGUCAGAGCAUGUGACCGGAAGUAGCAGUGAAGUGGCGUUUGUUUGUGGCUAACGGUAGCGGCUAACAGUAGCGGCAGCAACGAUGGAGGGAAAGAAAACAGAAAAACAGGACGAAGAGGAGAAUUUUUAUGACUGUGAAGAGACUCUGGAGACGAUAGAAGUGUUACAGAGAUUGAACGUCAGCGAGAAGGAGGAGACAAAAGAGGAGGAAAACAAGGAGACAACGGAGGAGAGGAGCGAGAGACUGAGAGAGGAACCGGGAGUCGACACAAAUGUGAAAAACCAAAACGAUGAACAGUUUAACGAGAGACUAAAACCGAGCGCUGCAGACGAAGGAGACGCUUUAGGAGCUACGGGAGGAGACGAGGAAAGGACACGAGGAUGCACAGAGGAGGAGGCGGGCUCUGUAGAGGAAGAGGCGGGGUCGGCAGGUGAAGAGGAGGGGGCGGAGUUUCCCUCGGAGCAGGUGCAGACUGACGAAGAGUACCUGAUGGAGCUGGAGAAGAAUCUGACCGACGAAGAGAAGGAGGUUCGUCGGCAGCAAAGCCUCAGCCUCAAAGACGAAGGAAACCAGCUGUUCAAAAAACACGACUGGUGUGCAGCAGAGAGUGUGUACUCUGAGGCUCUGAGUCUGUGUCCUCUGAGCUUCAGCUGUGACAGAGCAGUACUCUACUCCAACAGAGGGGCCGCCAGAGUGCACCUGGGGGAGAAGGACAAAGCCAUCGCCGACUGCACCAAAGCUCUGGAGCUGAAGCCUGAUUACCUCAAAGCUCUGCUCCGCCGCGCUGAACUCUACGAACAAACUGACAAACUGGACGAAGCUUUGGAGGACUACAAGAGCGUCCUAGAGAGAGACCCACACAACAGCACUGCCAGAGGGGGCGCUAUAAGACUUCCGCCUCUGAUCCACGAGAGAAACGAGAAACUCAAAGAGGAAAUGAUGAGUAAACUAAAGGAUCUCGGAAACAUGAUUCUUCGUCCUUUCGGUCUCUCCACAAGUAACUUCCAGCUGAACCAAGACCAGAGCACGGGGGCCUACAACAUCAACUUUGUACAGAACCCCAACAACAACAACAGAUGAGCAGAGAUUGGA